AUGUACCAGUUUGGGACGAAGGGACAGCGGCCGGUGGAGUCCAUCGUGAAGGUCGUAUUGGACAUGCUCAAGCAGCAUCCCAACCAGGAAUUCACGGAUUCCCAAAUAGAACGGACGACAAGGGAAAGGAUAAUAGGUCAGCCAGCCGUGGUAGGCAUGUUGCAAAACAACCCGAAGAUCGACUACGAUCCCACCACUAGGAGGUACAAGUUUAAGCCUCACUACGACCUCCGUGACAAGCAACAGCUCCUUCAACUGCUACAUAGUCGGCCAACACUCAUGGUGGAUCCCAAUUUACUCGAGAGUUAUCCGGGAAUCGACGAGGAUAUUUCAAGUUUACUGCGGGAACAUGCCUGUCGAGGCGUGCGGCAUCCUGAUUAUAUCAAGCAAAUUAAAUGCGAGCGAGCACAGGCCGCUGCGGAGCAAGCGGCGGCUGCGAGUGAUGGAACUGCAAGGAAGGCGGCAGGUGCUGGACCUCGGCCGAAGAAGUUGCAGUGCGAUUUGUAUUCUAACGAAGAACGGUGUUCUGCAUGUCGUAGCAACCUCGGAGUUAUCCUUGGCCGGCUUUAUUCCGAUGAAAUCACGAGUAUGGCGAAAGCACUGGAUAGCGAUAUAAAGGAAAUGUGGUUUGGUACGACCUGGCCCAGCAUAGCUGACAUACAAAAAGCCACUAACGAAGGUCGCAACCAGCAAGCAGAGGUUUUGCAUCGGCCUGUACGUAAGACUAGGGGAGGCCGACAGAGAGGCACUCGCAACAAGAGGACUUCUUCCCGACCUGAGAAAGUUAGCAAUACUCAUUUGGCAGGGAUUCUCAACUCUUCGCCGCAGAGCAUUGCUUCACCGUCGUCACCAUCGACCCCUUCUCCAUAACUCCACGUGUUUCCUACUGUUACCCUUUGUCCUAUUUCGACCUUGUUGCAUAGUUUCACUCAC